AUGAACAAUCCCGAUAGUUCAAAAUCUCACCAUCAUCACCAUCACCAUCAUCAUCACCAUCAUCAUGGUAGCAGUACUUCUUCUACAGUCCCUUCCCAACCUUCUUCGAAACAAAGGCUCUCAGAUGGUUCUAAAAUUGGGAAUUAUCAAAUAGUGAAAACUUUAGGUGAAGGGUCUUUUGGUAAAGUUAAGUUAGCUUAUCAUAUUACCACUGGACAAAAAGUUGCUCUCAAGAUCAUCAAUAAGAAAAUUUUGGCAAAAUCUGAUAUGCAAGGAAGAAUAGAAAGAGAAAUUUCUUACUUGAGAUUAUUGAGACAUCCACAUAUUAUUAAAUUGUACGAUGUCAUUAAAUCAAAGGAUGAAAUUAUCAUAGUCAUUGAAUUUGCAAGUAAUGAAUUGUUCGAUUAUAUCAUCCAAAGAGACAAAAUGAGUGAAAAUGAAGCUAGAAGGUUCUUUCAGCAAAUUAUUUCAGCUGUAGAAUAUUGUCAUCGACAUAAGAUUGUCCACAGAGAUUUGAAACCGGAAAAUUUGUUACUGGAUGAAGAUCUUAACGUCAAAAUUGCCGAUUUUGGUCUUUCAAAUAUAAUGACUGACGGUAAUUUUUUGAAAACCUCAUGUGGGUCACCAAACUAUGCUGCCCCUGAAGUUAUCAGUGGGAAAUUGUAUGCUGGGCCUGAAGUCGAUGUCUGGUCAUGUGGUGUUAUAUUAUACGUCAUGCUUUGUCGUCGUUUACCAUUCGAUGAUGAGAGUAUUCCAGUUUUAUUCAAGAAUAUUAGCAAUGGUGUUUACAUCUUACCUAAAUUUCUAUCACCAGGUGCUUCAAGUCUCAUUAAGAGAAUGUUAAUUGUUAACCCAUUGAAUAGAAUCAGUAUUCAUGAAAUUAUGCAAGACGAAUGGUUUAGAGUAGAUUUACCUGAAUAUUUGAUUCCUGCCGAAUUGAAAAAAAACGACAAUAAAAGUGAAGAAUCACGUAAUGGAGAAGAACGAAAGGCUAAACAACCAGAAGAAAUCGACAAUGAUUUGGUGGAUGCAUUAUCGAGAACAAUGGGUUAUGAAAAGGAGGAAAUCUAUGAAUCGUUGGAGUCUAAUGAAGAUAACUCAAAUUUAAACGAAAUUAGAGACGCAUACAUGCUCAUGAAAGAAAACAAGACACUAUUAAAGGAUUUGGAUCCAAAUGACGUUAAUAGUACAGCCGAUGAGCUAGACACUUUUUUGGCACAGGCGCCACCUUCUUAUCAGAAAAAGCAGCAGGAAGAAGAAGAACAACAUGCUAGUAGUGUUUUAACGGAACAAUCUUUGCAGCAACAGCAACAGCAAAAUAUCCACACAGGUAGACGUAUCGAAAGCUCAACGACAAGACAAAGAACGUAUCAUAAGCCUCCUUUCAUGGAUCAAUCUAACGAAGAGGAUUCUACUCUUUCCAUUCUGCCAACUUCUUUACCACAAAUCCACAGAGCUAACAUGUUAGCCCAGGGGUUCCCAGCGGCAUCUAAAAUAUCUCCUUUGGUAAAUAAAAAGUCAAAGACAAGAUGGCAUUUUGGUAUACGAUCUCACUCGUAUCCUUUAGACGUUAUGGGUGAAAUAUAUAUCGCUUUAAAGAAUUUAGGAGCAGAAUGGGCAAAACCAUCGGAAGAAGACUUAUGGACCAUCAGAGUUAGAUGGAGAUAUGAUGUGUUAGAAAAUUCAAAUGCGUUUAAUAGCGAAGACGGCAAAAAGAUUCCAGACCUAAUGAAAAUGGUUAUUCAAUUAUUUCAAAUCGAAACAAAUAAUUAUCUCGUUGAUUUCAAGUUUGAUGGUUGGGAAAGUAAUUAUGGCGAUAUGACCAAGAGAUCAAACAUUUCAGAAGAUGAAAUGAGCACGUUUUCUGCUUACCCAUUUCUACAUUUAACAGCUAAGUUGAUCAUGGAACUCGCAGUCAACAGUCAAAAUGCUUAG